AUGACCCAGACCCUCAACACAAGAGAGGACCCUCUUAACCUGGGUGGUGGCUGGGCAUCCUCUGCCCCGUUACGCACCUGGUCUUCCUGCCACCGAAGGCGCAGGGGUGCUCCGACUUACAAGCGGCGGCAGCGCUAUGGCCCCAAGGCCGAGUAUGAGCCGCCAAGGAAACAGCCAAAGCAACAGCACGGCCCGGGCCCUUGGUACCACCCACCCCGACGUCCCUGUUGGGCCGUGUAUUCUAACUGGGGACGCUGGGGAGGGCCUUGGUGCCCACCUCCAGGAGGAUUCUGGAAGCCCCCUGGGGGGGUGCAAGUGAUCCGGGUGUACGGCCUGCACCCACUCUGUCUUUGCUGCUGCUCCUGCUGGCGCGGGCCCUGGAACCCCGGCUGGGCGAGGCCUCCCAGCAGGAAGAAGCGCUGGGGCCACCGGGGCCGCGGCCUGCGCCGCCACCCUCGCCGCCCCUUUCGGAGGAGCCCGCCUGUGGAUCUGAGCACGCUGCUGCGGCCGGUCAACCUGUAUGGGUGGCGGGCACCCGGCAUGCGGGCGCCGCGCAACACCACCCAGUUCAUCAUGAACCAGAUCUAUGAAGACAUGCGGCAGCAGGAGAAGCUGGAGCGCCAGCAGGAGGCACUGCGGGCGCAGCAGGCCCAGGCCAGCGGCAUGUCCUCCCCAGCCGGCACCUUUGGAAACGCACCCCCCAGCGGUGGUGAGGAAGACGCGGAGCUGCAGGAAGCUUUUGUGCAGAAUCCCUCUCUAGUCUUCACUCCUGACCUGGACGAGGAAAAUCAGUCUCCCACCCCUCAACAGCUGGAAGAGGAAGAGGAGAAAAAUGAUGAUGAGGAGGAGGAGUGUGACGAGGAGGAGGAGUGUGACGAGGAGGAGUGUGAUGGAAAGGAGUUGGAGAGCGAUGAGGAGGAUGAAGAGUCAGAUACCAAGGAUGAAGAGGAGGUGGAAGAGGCUGACUAUGUGGGGGAGGAGGAGGAGGAAGACGAGGAAGAGGAGGAGCAGGAGGAGGAGGAGAUGGAAGAGGAAGAGGAGGGGCUGCAGGAGGAUGAGCAGAGGGAGGAAGAGAAUCAUUUGCCUCUGGAAAUGCCUUUAUCAAUCCUAGUGGGGGCUGAAGAAGAGAGAGAGAACUUUAUUAACUGUACUUAUUUAAGCCCCCAACAGAUAAUUCCCAAAGUCCCACAGGAGAGUCUCCUCAUGGUACAGGACAUUUAACUGUUAGACAUCAGGAAAGGGGCAGAGGAAUGGGAUGGAACUGA